AUGGUGUCCAUCGCCGAUCUCCUCCCUGAAGCGAAGGGCAUUUUGCCCUACUAUAUGCUCCUCCUCUCUCUGAUCUCCAUCGGCAACUCGGCGCAAAACCUCAUGACCCUGCACUACUCGCGCCGCCUUUACGACGGCAAAUAUGUCCGCAACACAAAGCUUCCUGUCCGGUCCGAGAAGUUCAACCCAGAGGACUCGGUGAACAAGUUCGUGCCCGCUCCCGCUGGCGCGACCGAUAUCGUUGAUCAGGCGACGCCCCUUGCGGCCCGCUGCUUUGGCACCUGGACAUUCCUCACUAGCAUCGUCCGUCUCUAUGCUGCUUACCAUCUUCAACAUGCGCAUAUGUACGACCUGGCCAUGUGGACAUACGUUGUUGCGCUGGGUCACUUUGCCAGCGAGCUGUUCGUCUUCAAGAGCAUGUCUUUCGGCCUGCCGCAGUUCUUCCCCUUUACUCUGGCUACUACUGCCUUGAUUUGGAUGCCAUUGGUCCGUGAUUUUUAUGUCGACAGGCCGUAA